AUGUCGUCUGUGCUUCCUCCAGGUCUACAGAACUCUUCUGGAAACAAUAUAAACAACCACACAGGCCCCGUGGAUACACAAAAUCCAGCCGGCUCUAAUCACCCCUCCGCAGAUGCGCCGCCCAUCGCCAAAUUCGGGUUGAGCGGGCUCGACGCCCUCGUCAAAGCCGACGAGAACGAGCAGGCUUCGUUUGCCAUGGGCCAGAACUUGGCUCUCAUGGGCCUUGAUUUGUCCGAGGAGCUGGAGAUCUUGAAAAACCUCGCCUCGCCGUGGCAGGAGACAUCCCGGUCGGAGGUGGAGCCCUACUUCACACUCCCGUCGGUCAUCCUACAAAAGAACAUCGUGCCCCAGCCCGAGCCCUGCGAUAACAAGAUCCUGUCUUUCCUGGACGAAACGCUCUUCUACAUUUUCUACACAAAACCCAGAGAUACACUCCAGGAGUACGCCGCACGGGAGCUUGUGGCACGAAACUGGCGAUACCACAGAGACAUCCAGGUCUGGUUGACGAAAGACAGUAACGUCGAGCCUGUGCUCAUAAGCCCCGAGGUCGAGCAAGGCGUGUACGUCUUUUUUGAUCCUCACAACUGGGAGAAAAUCAGGAAGGAAUUUGUUUUGCACUACUCAUCCGUGCAGGCGUAA